GCCUCCUGAGAGUGAACUGGGAGGAGUUUAAAGUCACCGCUCUCUCCUCUCCCCCGUCAGGCUGCAGACGGAGGACAGGCUCCCUGUACGUUGGAUGAAUGAAGACCCUUUCUCCGAAACCCGGAACCAGGUGGGAUAAACUUGCAUCAUAUUUGUCACUUUUUGGACAAUGAAAUCAGUUGCAGCUGGUGCAGAGGAGCUCGGACAAGCUGCGACUUCGUGCAACUUUUCUUCGAGUUUGGAGGAGCUGAGAUGAAGAGGAGAGCCUGAAGCUUUCUCCAGCGAACAAAUCAGAGGUGUUUGAGUGUUUGUUGUUCUCUGCAGUGGAGAUCUCCAGCUGGUCAUCAUGUCCCUGUGGAUGAUCUUUCCUGUCAGCCUGCCCGUCUUCACCAUCACCGGGAUAUGGCUCGUAUAUGCGAUGGCCCUGUACAACCAGCAUGUCUGCCCUGUGAACAACUGGCUUUAUAAUGACUCGUGUGAGGAGCUGCUUCCACUACAGAGGGGUCCAGUUCUGUGCUGCACCCUGGACAACAUCCCACUCAUCAGUAAAUGUGGAACCCUGCCACCUGAAAGCUGCUUUUUCAGCCUCAUCUGCAGCACUGGAUCCUUUAUGGUGAUGCUGAUCGGCCUGCUGCGUUACGCUCACGUCAUAGAGAAGCACCAGAACUGUGUCCUGAACACGGCGGGCCUCUCCACCGCGUGGAUCUGCGGUGCCGGUCUCAUCAUGGUCGGAAACUUCCAGGUGGAUUUUGCCAAGGUCCUUCACUACGUCGGGGCUGGAGUGGCGUUCCCCUCCAGCAUGCUGUUUGUGUGUCUGCAGUCGGCUCUGACCUACCGACUGGCCAAGACCCAGGGGGAGUACCGGAUGGGUCACCUGCGUGUGGGGAUGGCCCUGCUGGCUCUGAUCGCCCUGGUGCUCAGCGGAGUUUUCUUUUGCCAGGAGAGCUUCGCCCUGCAGCACGCCUCCGCCAUCUUCGAGUGGCUCUACUGCAUGCUCAUCAUGCUCUUCUACGGGACUUUUGCCUUCGAGUUCGGCGGCAUGUCGGGGGACACGCUGAUGGUGCUGUCCCGAGGAGGAGGAGGAGGAGGAGGAGGAGGAGGAGGGGGGGGGCAGAGCUUCUCCACCUCCGAGAACAAGACGGAGGUGGGCGGCGGCGGCUCCAACCACCGCCAGCCAGAGAGCUUAUCGAUGUUGUAACCAAACUGCAAACAAGCGUCAGCAUCCCCCUGGAGUCCAAAGGGCGACACGUGGGCCAAUCUGGAAGACUCCAACAUGGAGUCUGGAGCCUGGAAGCUGCAUCCUGCGUAUCGUCACGCUCCCUGUUUCACUCAGCCACAGUGCCAAAGCUCUUCUGCUCAGCCAGGCCCAAAGACUAGAGAUGGUCCGAUACCAUUUUUUGCUUCCCUAAAACGAUUCCGGUGCCUGAAUUUGUGCAUCGGCCGAUACCGAGUAGGGAUCGACCGAUAGUGGUUUUUCAAGGCCGAUACCGAUAAUUAGUAGUUAAUGAAACCGAUAAUGGAUAUUUGGAACCAAUAUGCAUUUACUAUGAAAAUGUAAAUCUUUAAAUCCAAAUUAGGAUUUUGGAAUGUUACAAACUCCAACGCGAAACUUUGAUUUAAUGCUUUAUGCAAUUAUUUAAAGCUAUAGUGCGUAAUUUUUGCUGCCCCCAUGAUGAAUUUGAUGCAAUUUCAACAAAACUGUUGGUGCGUCUAUGUGAUGUAAGCCUUCCGUGAUCGCACCCCACCCCCCCACCCCUCUUCCACACAGUUGCUAGUAGCCAAGGAGGACACGGAGGAUUAAAAAAACAUGAUGGACUCUUCAGAAGAGGUCAUUAACUUCACUCGGAUUUCUGCUCGCAAAAGUCGCCGGACGACACAAUCUUCUGAACAUAGCCAUACUGAGAAAUACAGAGAGAGUUGUGUGGAGCUGAUGAUGAUGAGCUGAUUUGGCAAUGGCUUGAAUGUAACGGACGUUCAUUAAUAUCAAAAAGUUACGCACUGAAGCUUUAAUACGCUAAAUACACAGGGUUGUAGCGGAGCCAAUGUAGCACACUUUUUAAUCAUUAACUUUAGCGCUUAUCAGGCAAUACAACGCCGUUACAGAUAACCUGCAAACUGCCAAAAUACGACCCGAUAAUCGGUCUGUCCCUAAUACCGAGUACCGAUCCGAUACCAGUGUGUUAAAAUUACAUAUAUUUUACUAUGUUUUAACAGCUGUAAACUAGGCUACUAUCCUUGUAUGGAUGUGAUAUGAUUUCUAUCAUUGUUGUCGGCCUGGCUCAGGUUAAACUCUUUGUGAAACAUGAACAAACAAUGAACGCCAUAGAACUUUCUUUUACCAUCAAGUUUGACAGUGAAUCAUAACGUAAAAAGAACAUAAGUAACCUGCUUCAAAGUAGAUUUUCUUCAGGGCUAAAUUACGUGAUAUCGGACCAGUACUUACUGAUACCAGCAUUUUAGGCAGUAUCGGAGGCUUUUCUGAUACAUGUUUCAGUAUCAGAAACAUCUCUACCAAAGACUGAAACACUCUACAGACUUUUUCCCUGCUUUGCACAAUUUCAGAAGUGCCUUUCUGAACCAUGAAAGAGAUACACACACAUACACCACACACAGUUGUCGCCGUUUGUUUUAAUUCUCUUAAUAUAACAAUCACUCUCUGCAUUCUCAGCCAAAAGUCGCCUUUCAUCAGACUGGACGUCCCUGAAAGGGCCUCAGAUGCAGCGGCGUCAGUUUGUUUGAAUGUUUAGAUGUUCAGACACUGAGCUCUGUGUUGUUUUUUUUUAACUCAGGAAGUUUUGUUACAUAAUCAGCUUUCGCUCUUCACUUCACUGAGUUAGGUGAAGUUUUUCCAAAAGACGUUUGACAAUAGAUGGACUAAAGGUCACUGUGUGCCAAGAAUAAUUCAUUUAAUGUGGUUUAAUGUUACUUUGUUAAAGCAUUUUGUGCAACUCUUUAUGGCAUCAAGGCACAUAUUGGCCAGAUAAGUUCUGUUAUCUGCAUAUUUUGUUGUUUGUCUUACUUCAGCUCUUUGCCAAAGUUUGUCUGUCUGACAGUUUGAAUGGGACCAAACUACUCCGUAAGCACGGAUGUUGUCAUGUUGUAUCUGACCAUUAUACAGGAAUACUUCUACAAGAAUGUAAAGUUUAAUAAUGUAUGCAGAGAACAAAAUAAUUAAAGUAGGAAAAAAAAAAAAGAUAUAUGUUCAUUCAUACAUGCCGCCUUGAAGAGAAAUGAAAUGCUUCUUGUUAAAAUGUUUUAUUGUUGAAAAAAAAACAUAUUUACAUAAUUUUCCAGGAUUAAUGACACAGUACAUGUGCAAAGAAUGAGAUUUUAGGUGAGAAACACGUCACACAAGGUUCCAGAUUUUCAGGUUUUUCUCUGAUUCCACGACAUUUUAAACACGUUAUGAUCACGUCAUUGUUGCUUUGUGUGUCUGCAGGUCUUGAUGACAAUCAGUUUUUAGCGUCCAUAUAUAUCCAACUGAAAACAUCUGUUCAGAAUGCAGGUUUGUGCAUUUAUUUCCAACUGAAACCCAAAAAACUAGUAAGACUUUCAGCCUAUAUGUACGGAAGAGGAUUAGGGCCACAUG